CCAGAGCAGGAACCCCAGGGAGCCCCUGUGGGAGAAGCUUCCCCCAGAAACCUCCUUCGGAUGUGUCGGGCCUUCGUGGGGAGGGCUGUUUGGAGGGGAUGGGCGCCCACCUCUGCACUGCUGGCUUACCGCUUGGUUUUCUCAUCUCUUGCAGGAGUUCUGCUUCCGAUCCCCAAAGAUGGCUGAUGGACCAAAAGUAUAUAAGAAGACUUGUCCCAAUGAGAAGUUAUCCAUCUACCUGGGAAAGCGAGACUUUGUGGAUCAUGUGGAAUCUGUGGAACCUGUCGAUGGAGUUGUUUCGCUAGACCCUGAAACCGUGAGUGACAGGAAAGUCUAUGUGACCCUCACAUGUGCAUUCCGGUAUGGUCGGGAUGACCUGGAUGUCAUUGGGUUGACCUUCAGGAAGGAUCUCUAUCUCCUCACAACUCAACUUUACCCACCAGUGCCAGACCAGUCUCCGAAGACCCUCACACCCUUACAGGAGAAGCUGAUGAAGAAGUUAGGAGAACAUGCUUACCCCUUCACCUUUGAGAUGGCGACCAAUCUGCCCUGUUCAAUCACACUUCAGCCAGGAGCUGAUGACUCUGGAAAGUCCUGUGGUGUGGAUUUUGAGGUGAAGGCAUUUUGUGCUCAAGACCCGGAAGAGAAAAUCCAUAAGAAGAACUCAGUGCGGCUGGUGAUCCGGAAGGUGCAGUUCGCCCCCACCCUCACGGGCUCCUCGCCCAAAACUCAAAUAACCAGGCAGUUCAUGAUGUCGGACAAGCCCCUGCACCUCGAGGCGUCCAUGGACAAAGAGAUUUAUUACCAUGGGGACCCAAUUGUAGUGAAUGUGGACAUAAACAAUACCACCAACAAGAUUGUAAAGAAAAUUAAAAUAUCAGUUGAACAGCUCACAGAUGUGGUUCUCUAUUCCCUCGAUAAUUAUGUGAAGAUGGUCUGCUCAGAGGAAUUUGUGGAGAACGUGGCUGCAAACUCCACUUUCUCCAAAACGUUCACGGUGACUCCCUUGUUGAGCAACAAUCGUGAGAAACGUGGUUUGGCUCUGGAUGGCAAGCUCAAACACGAGGACACCAACCUGGCUUCCACCACCAUUCUGAGGCCUGGGAUGGACAAAGAAGUUCUGGGCAUCCUGGUUUCCUACAAAGUGAAAGUCACCUUGGUGGUAUCGAGAGGAGGCAUCCUGGGAGAUCUCACAUCAAGUGAUGUCUCUGUUGAGAUGCCGGUUAUUCUGAUGCACCCUAAACCCCCCGAAAUAAUAUCCAGCGAUGAUAUUUUGGUUGAGGACUUCGCCCGCCAGAAACUCGGAGAAGGGGAAAGUGAUGAAGAGCAGGCGGAGGAAGGAGGGAAAAGCUAGUGCUCAACGGUCUUCAGUAGGGGCCACUCAAAGAGUUUCAAAGCGGAGAUUAUUUAGGGCAUAUUCAUGAGUUCCGUGCAUUUUACCUUAAUCUUUCAGUAUCGUGUUUGUAAUGUGAUAAUUCCUCGUGAGCCUGUUUUCCCCCACUGUGUUUAAUGCGCUUUGCAAAAGACUUGCUGUACUCCGAAGCUUUCCCCCCAGCCUGAAAACAUGAAGGGGGCAGCCAUCCAGGCACCAAGGUGGCUCCUCCACCCCUUCAUUUUGCCUGCUUCCUUUUCCCCAAGCCCAGCCUUCCAACCGCUGGACCCUUCCUCAUCCAAUAAACAGCCCCCCCCCAUCCACCCUUCCCCCCCCCCCCCCAGUGGAUUCUGAUCAUUUUAGUGCAGUUGGAGCAGACCUGACAACCCUUUCCUAAGAAUUAUUGGCAUUAUUGGAAAAAGAAAGCUGGUUAUCCAGAUA